AUGACCAUAGAGACAGAAAUGGAAAGAAAAUCCAAGCUCAAUGAGCUUCUAUUUGUUAAUCUAAUUGGAAGCCCCGACAUCUUUGUGAACCUUGCCAGUAAAACCAAGCUUCUAUUUGUUAAUCUAAUUAGCAGCCCCGACAUCUUUGUGAACCUUGCCAGGAAAAACAAGGUAGAGGUUAUGGGAAUCUUGACAUUCCAGGAUGUGGCAAUUGAUUUCUCUCCAGAUGAGUGGGACUGCCUCAACUUUGCACAAAGGGCUUUGUACAGGGAAGUCAUGUUGGAGAACUACAGUAAUAUGGUCUCUGUAGGUUUUUCAGUGUCAAAACCAAACCUGAUCAGCUUUCUUGAAAAAAGCAAAGAGCCCCGGAAUGUAAACUUUGGAGAGACAGAAGGCAAUGAACAAGUUUUAUAUUCUCAUCAAAAACAAGACUUAUUUUCACAAGAGAACAAACAAGAUUGUAUUCAGAAGUUGGUAUCAGGAAUAGCUAAUGGUCAGAAACAAGGGAAGCAUUAUAUAAACAAUCAAAAUGAAGAGAAACAAAACAUUAAUAUAGAAUAUGGAAAGUGCUUCAACAGAUAUGCAUGCCCCACUAUGUAUAAGAGAAUUAACACCAAAGAGAAGGCAUACAAAUGUAAAGAUUGUGGCAAGUCAUUUACUCGUCAUUCAAACUUUCAAACUCACCAAAGAAUCCAUACUGGUGAAAAACCUUACAGGUGUCAAGAAUGUGGCAAGUCCUUUACCUGGGCCUCAACUCUUCAGAAUCAUCAGAGAUCCCAUACUGGUGAGAAACCCUAUAGAUGUGAAGAAUGUGGAAAGUCCUUUACCCAGGUCUCAACUCUUCACACUCAUCACAGACUCCAUACUGGUGAGAAACCUUACAGAUGUCAAGAAUGUGGCAAGUUAUUUCACACAAAUUCAAAUCUUAGAAAGCAUCACAAAAUGCAUUUAAAGGGUAAAAUUCAUAAAACUUCUUAGUAUACCUCACAUUAAUUCAUUGUACACCUCUUCAAGCAUUAGCCAACUUAUUUGACAGACUCACAUCCUUUAAUUAAUUUUCAAAUCUUAGUCAAUACUUAGACAGCUAUGCAGUUCUUAGGAAUUUAGAAACAUUGUGUCCAGAUUUGAACUUUAUUGUCAUCAAACAUUUGUUGUAAACAG